AAGGGACGCGGGACACCAGCUCUCCGCUGACCCCCAGUCCCCGCCCCCGCCCCCAUGGCCUUGCCGGGACCCCGAGCCUUACGGGCUGCGCUCUGUGGCGGCUGUUGCUGCCUCCUCCUGUGUGCCCAGCUCGUUGUGGCUGGUAAAGGAGCUCGAGGCUUUGGGCGGGGAGCCCUGCUCCGAAUGAACGUCUGGCCGGCUGUCCGAGGGGCCUGUAAAGAGCUGAAGCUCUGUGAGCAUUGUGUGGAAGGGGACAGAGCACACAACCUCUCCAGCUGCGUGUGGGAGCAAUGUCGUCCAGAGGAACCAGGACACUGUGUGGACCAAGCUGAGGUGGUCAAGGAAGGUUGCUCUGUCUACAACCAUUCAGAGUCUUGUCCGGCUGCCCACCACCACCCCACCUAUGAACCAAAGACAAUCACAACAGAGAGCCCCCACGUCCCUGAAGCCAACAACCCUGGCUUCGAUGGGGCCAGCUUCAUUGGAGGCAUCGUGCUGGUGCUGAGCCUACAGGCAGUGGCCUUCUUCAUCUUGCGCUUCCUCAAGGCCAAGGACAGCACCUACCAGACACUAAUCUGACCUCUCAGGCCUGGACCCCACACUGAGGGGAAGGAGGAUGAAGAGGCUGCCCUCUCGGCCUCUUGUGGGCGCUGGGGGUGGGAGAAUCUUUGGCACCAAGUAGUCUCAGUGUGCAGUACCUGGCGUCCCCUCCUGUCCUGGGCCUGGUUCCUGCUGCUGAGUGCAUCCUCAAACCACCUUCUGUCUUAUCUGUCGCCCCCAUGGGAGCCCUGCACGACCCCUGCUUGGCAUUGGGCCUGCGCCUGCCCCUUCCCAUCGACCUGGCUCGGGCAGCACCCUCGA